AUGGCUACUCGACUCUGCGCGCUCGCCCUCGCUGCCGCCACGAUAGCUACCCUCACCUGGGCCACGGUCGCCCUCGAGAGCCUGCAUCAGCAACUGCACGGGCAGGGCCCACCGCUGCUACGCUACUCGGUGCGGCCGGUGGGGCGCGUGAACUCGUCCUAUGGCGUCGCCCAGGGCUACUGGCAUUUGGAGGUCAACCACUCCUUUCCCGAGCCCGGCCUUGUUGCCAAGGCGCGCCUGCGCAAGGGCAUAGGAGGCGCCGGCAACCGCAGCUGCUGGGAGGUGGCGCAGGGGCAUGCAGAGCCGUACACGGAUUUCUACGCUCCAAGGGGCUCACCAGUGCAGGAGGAGGAGGCGGAGAUGAUAGAGGAGAUGAUGCUGGCGGCACUGCACCUCUUCAAGGUGCCAGACGCAGACGUGCUGGUGCACCUGGGUGACGGCGCCCCCGAGGGCCUGCCCCUGCUGCAGGCCAACAUCGACCGCGGGGUCGAGGACGCCGGGUUUGCAAUCCCCAAGCGCAUGUGGGCAGACGCCCUGGGGCCGGAGCAGCUGAACGUGCUGCACGAGUGCCUUGAGGUCCGCUACCCGCGCGCCACGGCCGCCCGUGCCCCGCGCGCCGCAUGGCGCGGCACCAACACCGACCGCCGCAUCGACCCUAUGGACGAGUCCAACGCGCUGGACGCGCUCCGCAGCCGCCUGCACCUCAUGGGACGGUGGUACCCUGACAUAUUCGAUGCCCACUACACAGAUUUUGGGCAGCGGGCGUUUGACACGCAGGCCUCCAACCUGACAGGCUUUUACGAGCACCUGCUGGCCCCCGGCCACACCGUGGAGCACUUCUCCAACUCCCUCCACGACCUGCCGCAGCACCAGGGCGUGGCGGCGCUCGCCCUGAACCAAGUCGCCCUGCCGGAGGCCAUGGCGGCCGCCAUAACGAAGGCCGCGGAGCUCAGCGACUGGCAGGUGGAGAUGCAGCCGGGUUACGAGGAGGUGCCCUUCUCGCGCUGCUGCACCAGGUCAAGGGGGCUGCCAGCAGGCUUUGUGGAAGCGCUGCGGGCGACGCAGCCAGGCCGGGGUGGUGGCGGCGGCGGUGCCGUCGGUGGUGGAGGGGGUGCGGGUGUUGGCAGUGGCGGCGGUGGCAGCGGCAUUGUCGGCGGCGACGUUGGUGUUGGUGAUGACGGGGUCGCUGUCGCAGCUGCUUGA